AUGAUAGAAGUCGCCCUUGAGGAUGGGGACAUCACCAACACGCUGGAUGCUUAUCCCAUGCACGUCAAGGUCCUCCAUCUUGGCUCACUGCAGAUGAAACACGACAAAAUCAAGCCCUCUACCACAUCACCCAUCCAACCUAUUUCCUGGUACCGGAAAGUUGACGACACAAGACCCAUCCUAAAACAAGACCAAGACCCAGCCCUGCUACUACAACAUCUUAACCAACAACACCCCCGAGUACAGAUCACCAUCGAAAUAGAAAAGACCAACCAACUACCCUUCCUAGAUGUCCUUGUCUCCAGAACCCAAACAAACAGAAUCUACACCAGUGUCUAUCGGAAGCCCACCCACACCGACCAGAACAUCCACUUCAACUCCAACCAUCCCCUCAGAACUAAGACUGGCAUCAUCUCCACCCAUACUAAACGAGCCAUCAACCUUUCUACUGCUGACCCCAAACCUGAGAUCAAACACCUCCGCCAAGUCUCCAUGCACCUCAACAACUAUCCACUCAAUCUCGUCGACAAAGUCAUCUCCUCAGUACUCCAUCCCACACCCAGAUCUGCGACCCUUAAACCCGAAUCAGCGCCCUUCCGCAUAGGAAAAUCCUCCCACAUCAUCAGCCGCCUACUCAAACAGCAAGCCAACAUUGACACCUUCUUCACCAGUUCCACCCUCCAUAUCCUACUAAGAGCCAGAACACAACCAAACCCCAAGAGCCUAAAGGUGCAGUUUACAAAAUUGACUUCAACUGUGGACAAUCUUAUGUAG